CGACGUGGCAAGGUGCCCAACUAUGUCCAACAACAAGUGCUUCGAUCGACUUCAUCCAGGAAAAUCAGUCUACCAUCGCCUAUAAAGGGGAUGUCUUCCUUAAAAGACGCCAAGCCAUCCCCAGGAGUGAGAAACGGAGAAUAUCGGAGAUCUACCGAAAGGAGGUUAUCAAAGCUACCAUCUUGGAUAAGUUGGGGCUCAGCAGGGAACCGGACCUGCUACACAGUCGGCCCCUGGUGGCGCGCAGCAUGCCGCCGCCGCUGAGACGCCUGCGCCCGGGGAACGACCGACGAGCGCCACCCGUGCGGCCUGGACUCUUUACACAGGCAACCAUGUACAAGAUUAUCGUCUUUCCUUCCACAGACCAGAUAUCAAACAGCACAGACCAUCUUCAGUUCAAGCUCCCCUCGACUGCUGGGAAUCGUGUUAUAUCUGCCAGUCUUUCUGCUUAUCACGGCCAGCCGAAGUGGCGAGAGCUGCCGAGGAAAAAUGAAGACAAGGUUCGGAGGCACUCGCCAAUCAUCGAAAGCCUCAAGGAUUAUUCAAAGGUGCCCUCCUCCAUGUUAGUACACCUGGAGCAGAGAGCCAUAUUUGGCAAUGCUGGGGAGGAGAAAGUCAUCCGGGUCGGGUCCAAGUGGGUCGACUUCCGGUUGCCGGGCUGGGCGGAGUUUGACGUCACAGAGCUGACGAACUUCUGGCUGGGCAGCCCGGAGAGAAACGGCGGGUUCGAUAUCCGAUGCCUCAGCUGUAAGAGACACAUGAGAAACGCUCCUUUCUACACAGACCCAGACGACACUUCUGAGACAGCGGGAAACAGGCCCUUCAUGGUUCUGACGAUACAGGAGGUAAGAGAACAGUUGGACGAAGAUGAAGGCAGUGGUUUCUUGCAUCAGCGGGAGCCACGGCGUCACAAACGUGACGUGUCGAACGAUUGUAACGACGAUGAAGACGACGAAAAAGACUUCAUAUCGUCACGGAAUGAAACAUCGCCAUCGCCACGGAGUUGCUGUCGAAGAUCUCUGGUUGUAUCGUUCAAGGAUAUUGGUUGGGAUGGAUGGGUGAUGGAACCGGCGGAGUUUGAUGCCCACUACUGUCUGGGCCAGUGUGCGAGCUACAACCUGCCCUCCCCCCACGCCGCGAUCAUGGACCAGGUGGUGUCUCCUGUGUACGAGAUGAAGCCAUGCUGUGUGCCAGUCCCGGGACAGAUGCGGGACCUACUCAUACGAUACAGCUUUGAUGGCGGGAAAACGAUUUCCACACAGCACAUACCAAACAUCAUCGUCAACACCUGUGGCUGCUUGUAGAUGGAGUUAGCUCUACGGAGACUGAACCUUACAGUACCGAAGAAACCAAGCCUACAACGUUGGGCAAUAUCGGGACUAGCAUCUUUGAACAGAGAUAUAAUUUAUUGGAAAUGGUCAAGCAAAGUGGCUUUAUGCAAGAAAAAAUUAUAGAUGGCAAUUGCACAACUUAAUUGCAACAAAAUUAUAGCAACAUUUGUUUGGCAGAAUGUAUGCAAACAACAAAUAUCCAAGCAGAAGUAGGAAUCAGUUUUUGCAUGUUCUUGCAAUUUUCCCUCUAGAUGGCGCACCUUUGCAACUGUAAAUCCCAACAUCUACUUGGAGAUGCAAACGAUGUUAACUGCAUCUGUCAUAUACUAGUACUUCGUCUGACCCUUGCCUCUUCCCUCAAUGAAAAGCAGCUUGCAGGCCGAUUUGAGCUUUCAUGAAUAAACAAAGGUUAAAACAAA